AUGCCCGGAACUCUCUCCAAGAGGAUGGUAUAUAAAGAAGUGAAGCUCAAGAGCAAAGGCUCCCCUAGGAUUGGAGUCUUUGCCUUUCCCUCUGCCACGUCAUCUAUAGUCAGUGGAGGUUCUUUCUUUUCUUUGACUCACCUCAAGUUCUUUGUACGUCUUCUUGGAAGUCUGAGAUAUAGAACGUAUCAGUGUCUCCCUGGCGAUGGUGCCAAGAACGUUGUGGUCAGACCUUCAUAG